AUGCAAUUAGUUCUUAUUUUGGUCGCUGUCGUCUUGGUAGUGAAUGUGGAAGGCUGGAAAUGGACGCCCCGAAUACCACGCUUCCCUCUACCACGCUUCCCUAUACCACGCUUCCCUAUACCACGUAUACCAUCCAUACCAAGAACACCUUGGGGUAAGAGAAAUGCGAGACAAGCGGAUGAUGACGCUGCUUUCAAUGCUGCAGCUAAAGACGAUGUUUUGUCUAACGAUGAAAUUAAAUCUGGCAAAACUGAAUUGAGCCAUUAUGUCGGGAGACAAAGAGAACUAAUCAAAAUAUACUUGGAGAAUGACCUCACACCGUCCUGA